GCCAUGCAUACGCCUUUAGGGCUGGUCCAAAUAAUGGUGAUACCGAUGGGGUGGACGAAUGGCGUAGCGGUGUUCCAAAGGGCCAUGAUUGCGGUCCUCAAGGAGUUCAUACCGGAGAAGGUGGAGGUCUUCCUAGAUGAUUUCCCGAUAAAAGGGCCGGUUGAACGAGAUGAGACGAAAGUCUUUCCGGGGGUGAGAAAAUUCGUAGCCGGCCACAUGAGCGAUGUUAGGGACGUCCUUGUGAAAUUGGACGAUGCUAACCUCACGGUGAGCGGAACCAAGAGUCGAUGGGGUGUGUCGUCCAUCAAGAUAUUGGGUUUUAUUUGCGACAAGGAUGGGCAGAGGCCCGAUCCUGAGAAAUUAGCAAAAUUGAUGACCUGGCCUUCGCCGCUCAAGUCCAUCACGGAAGUUAGGCAAUUUCUAGGGGUGGUGGGCUACUGGAGAAUCUUCAUAAAAGGCUACGGUGAGAAAGCGGAACCUCUUACGCGACUACUUAGGAAGACGGAAGGAUGGAUUUGGGGAAAGGAGCAGGCAGUGGCCAUGGAAGCCCUAAAAGAGGAGUUCCGCGAAGCGGGGCAGGUCCUAGGCGUUUCAUUCUUCGAGGACGAGGAGAGUCGUCCAUUUAUAGUUUCCACGGACGCGGGGCCUUACUCGGUAGGGGGCCUCUUAUCCCAAAAGCAUGGAGAGGGGAAGGAGAGACCGUUACGGUUCGAGAGUAGGACCUUGAACCCCGACGAGAGGAAUUAUAGCCAGUUCAAGAAGGAAGUGUUGGGAGUGUUGCAUUGCCUGAAGGCUUUCCGCCAUUACCUAUACGGGCGACGACUUCUCCUAAGGGUGGACCCAACUGCAGUGGCCGCGGUCCUUCAAAAAAAUUUCUCGCUGACCGAUCCGACCAUCGCCCGAUGGAUGAUACAUAUUAGGCUUUACGAUUAUAGGGUCGAGAGGAUAUCAGGGUCCAAAAACCAGGUUGCGAACGGGUUGUCCCGGCUUCCCUUUUGUGAAGAGGACCUACCGAGGCUUAAGGAGGAAGAGGUAUCAAUGGCCGAAGGAGGGGUAAUGAAAGUCGCCGCUAAUAGAACACAAAUAGCGGUGAGCAGCCGGGAAGAGGAAGGGGCCUCAAUGACUUUUCUCGCUAAUCUCUACGACGGGAAGUACCGGGACAUAGGACUGUAUUUAGCCGGAAGGGAGGCAGGAACCGAGAGAGUCCAGCAAGAAGCGUUGGGAUAUUGCCUACGAGGGGGCCAUCUCUUCAAGAGGCCCACGAAGUUUGCGAUCCCCAUGAGGGUACUGUGUGAUCCGGAGGAAAAAAGAGCAGUCAUAGAGGAGCUACACGACGGAGUCGUUGGGGGCCAUAGGGGGGUAAAGGGUACUUUCGAUGAAGUCCGUAGGCUCUAUUGGUGGGACGGGCAGUACAUGAAAGUCGAGAAGUACUGCUCGACGUGUGAGGCUUGCCAAAAGAGGGCGAUGGUUCGAUAGAAAGAGCCCCUGGUUCCAUCGCUUCCCACCAUUCCAGGAGAGAAGGUCCAUGUGGACUUAGUGACUACGCCAAAAGGGAUCCGCGGGCUUCGGUAUAUAAUCAAUGCCCGCGAUGACC